AUGUUUCUUGAUUUCAUUCCUCGACGCCACCGUCGCUUGCCGAGUUUCCCGGGUAGCCGCCCUCCACCCGGUGCACGUAUCCAUAUAAUCUACUAUUCAAUGAGCGGAAAAUUAUUUGAGGCGUUAGUCAUAUUCCAUCAGGCAGAGUCGGAUCCAUCAUGUGAGGAAAUCAGCAAAGGAAGAAAAGUGUGGAUCACACUGCAAAGAGAUCAUGACGAGAAGAACGGGGAGGAUUCCGAAAGAUACCCGUUACUGAUGUCCGGCAGAUUCUUCAGCAGGCAUGACCAAUGGGACGAAGGACGGACGAAGGGUGUGGCCGCGGCGAACGAACUCCUCGAAGCUGAACGGGAAGUUGCAGUGGCUCUCAAAACAGAGGCAGGCCCAGAUGCUGGUUGUCGUACCAGACCCGUCCAUAAUGUCGACCCCGGUCUGAAAUAA